CUUCUUCUUCUUCUCUUUCUCUCUCUGCAAAAUCCCAAUUCAGGCCCUUAAUUUUUGCUUAUUUCUUUGUCAAAAUUAUAUUUUUAAGUCCUCAGUAUAUCCAAAUCAUAUGGUUUGGUUUCGUUGAAGCAUCUUUUCAGACUCAGGCAGCAGCAUAUUGAAAGAAUUUCAUGGCAGGAAGUGGCCUGACAUCUUUGGGUCGUGUGAAGCUCACUGAUCUAGUACCCUGUGAAGGCCUUCCUUCUGAUUCUUAUAAACUAUCAGUCUCAACUUUGUCACAGUCGCUUGCUCAAUAUUCUGCCGCCAUCAUUCAGUUCCCAGCAAGUGAUGGGGCUCUUUUAAGAUCUGGGUUGGAGUCUGCUCGCCUGUACUUUCACCAAAGAGCAUCAUACCCAGCUGCAGAAAUGAUUCAUAAUAAUGAUUCUCGCGAGUGGUGCAAGACAUCUGGAUACUAUGCAGAUCCUCAGAUGUGGCAAGAAACAUAUGAUUACCGGCCGGGCCUUACUCCUAAUGAGCCAAACAAUACAAUGGAUCUCCCUCCAGCAGGUUUGCCCGACAUUUUUGCUCUACUUGGAAAGGCUGCUCGGGAUAUACUGGAUGCCAUCAGCUUCUAUUUGAACUUACGCAGUUCUCCAUUUACUGAGAUACUCGAUAAUGUUCCACUGAGAAAUCGGGAAAUUUCAUCUUCAGUAUUGUCUGUUUGCUGUUACACAAGGCCAUCAUUUCAGGGAGCACAACACCAUAAUUUAGCCACUCAAGAGGAUGGCCAGUUGAUUAUGUUUACAGACCAUGAGCACCAAGCAGAUAAAAGCCUCAUAUCUCUUGUUAAGUCAGAUAAGGCAGGUUUACAUAUAAGAGAUCUUCAUGGUCGGUGGUUUUUAGUGGAUAGUGAUCUUGGCCCUCAAGAAGCCAUUGUUUACCCUGGACUUGCACUUUAUCAGGCAACGGCAGGCUAUGUCAAUCCCGCAUUUUACAGAACAGACAUCAAUACUAUGCAGGGUAACAUGCAUGGGCGAUGUUCUUUGGCUUUUAAACUGAUGCCAAAAUCCAUGUCCAGUCUUAAUUGUUCAGAGAUGAGAGCGGCUGGUCAUGGAGUUGAAGCUCAGUUCCUGCUUCCAGUACUGGUGGAUGACUUCAUGCAGAAAUCCCCCCCAACUGAUCAGCUCUUUAACAGGCAGAAUAUCCAGUGUUUCAAUUUUCCUACAGUCCAGGACGGAUCUAUGAAGCCCUUGGUGAGGAGGAGGAAGCAUGAUUCAAGAAGCAAACCUUUGCCACCUUCUAAGAGGUUACGACUUGAAGCUCAAAGAGUUCUGAAGGAGAGGGUUCAGGACAUUGCUGAUAAGAAGGGCAUCAAGCUGAGGUUUUGCAAUUUGAAGGAAUGUGAGAGUCAUGUUCACACGCUGGAUAGCCCAUGUGCCAAUAUAAGAAUGGAGAUUGGAUGGCCAGCUGGGGUACCAUUUGUUCAUCCCCACGAUCUACCUAACAAGGCAAAGAUUGGUUUCCUUGAAGCAUAUGAACCUGGUUGGACAGCAACUCAUGAUAUGGAGUUAAGUCUAACUGAACCUGGACAGGCCAGUCAACAAUCAGCUAAUUGUAACUGAAUCAAUCUCCAUAGUUUCAGAUGUGUGGCCACCCCUGAUCAGCUUGUGACUAAAUGGUUUUGAGGUACUGGUCUCUAGUUUCCCAAUUCUGUUGGAUGCUUGAUUGCUUUGCUGUCCUGGGAUGUCUGGCUGCUUCCAUAUGCAAUUUUCACUAGAGAGACAAUGAAAACAUCAAAGUAAUCAUCCAUAAGCCUGUUAUAGUUGUCUGUAAAUAUGCAAUUUUGAGGAGAGCUUGGCAUUGUUAUGGAGGAACAAUAGGGUUCAUCCAGAUUUGAGGUCUCAGGAGCAUUCCAUUUUUAUGACUGCUUUUCCAUGACAGAAUGCAGGCUUGAUGCAACAUCUACUUCAAAUAUCCAAA